AUGGGGUCGCCGGCGGCAGGAAGAUGCAACUCUCAAAACUCAACGAAAAGAGUGUUUCUCGGGAGAUCUUCCAGCACGGAAUCCAAACUAGAGACGUCUUCUUCGCCUUGUAAUCAUCCGCUAAAAGGCAAGAACAAGAUGCAUGAAGAAGACGAGGGCAUCAUUAUCUCUCCAACUUACAGUGGCGUAGUAGAACAAGAUUCAGCUAAUCGCAAGAUAAUGUCCUCCAGUUCAGAAAAACUCACUCGUAUAGAAGAUCUGAUCACGUCGAAUCAAGAUUCCAGAAAGAUCCAAAACAGCUCAAAUGUAAUGGAGAUUUAUAAUUACUCCAACAUGAUCCAACAAAAACGCAAUGAAGUUAUGAGAAAGUAUCUGGAUUUCAAGAAGUUUGAUAUUGUUGAGGACUAUUCUGAUCAUCACUAUAAAGUUAAAGGGCCAAAUUCGGAAAAAAUGCAGCCACAAAAAAACUGGGCUAAAAGGAUACAAAAAGAAUGGCGAAUGCUCAAGAAGGCCUUGCCAGAUACUAUAUUUGUUAGGGUUUAUGAAUCAAGAAUGGAUCUUUUAAGAGCAGUGAUUAUAGGAGCAGAAGGGACACCAUAUCAUGAUGGUCUUUUUUUCUUUGAUGUAUUCUUCCCUUACAAGUAUCCAGAUGUUCCCCCAAAAGUGCAUUAUCAUUCUAGUGGCCUGAUAAUUAAUCCGAAUCUUCGUUACGAUGGGAAAGUUUGUUUGAGCCUUUUAAACACUUGGAGUGGUGGCAAGAAUGAGAAAUGGACACCUGGCGUUUCGACUAUGCUACAAGUUUUGGUGUCUAUACAGGGUUUGAUUUUGAAUGAAAAACCCUAUUUUAAUGAUCCUAUAUUUGCACGUCCGAGUGGUUCUAGAACUGGGGAAUAUCGUUCCAUGAAAUAUAAUGAGCGGACUUUGAUUUAUUCUCUCAAAACUAUGGUCUACACCAUGAGGAAUCCACCUAAGCAUUUUGAAGAUUUAGUGAUUGGGCAUUUUCAUAAUCGUGCAGUUAGUAUUUUGACAAUUUGUAGAGGUUAUACUAAAGGUGUAAGAGUUGGAUGUGGUGUUAAUGUGGGUGAGGAGAAGAAUUCACAUGGAUUUCAGAAAAAUGUUGAACGGCUCAUGAGGACACUUGUUCGGGCAUUUGAAAAAAUAGGAGUUGAUAAUGUGAACGAAUUCAUCCCAGAAAUUGUCCCCGAGUUUACACCCCAAACUCGGAAUAUGGCUCAAAAGAUAAGGGCAUUUUUCUGUAUCAAAGGGUGA